AGCUUUUCCUUUUAUCCUCCUGUAAUUAUCUCAAUUCAAUGGCCAACCCGAACUCUCUCCCCCUUUAUGAAAAACAUUGGUACAAGCACACUCAUAAAAGGGUUCUUGAUAGUUUGCUUUUAAUCCUUCUAUUGUUGUUGCUAGGUUACCGACUUAUCUCUGUGAACUACUACUCUUUCCCUUGGUUUGCUGCCUUCGCAUGCGAAUCAUGGUUCACCAUCUCUUGGAUUGUCACUGUCUCCAUUCAAUGGAAUCCUGCAAAAGUCCAAACUUACCCAGAUCGCCUAUUGCAAAGGGUGGAACAUGAAGAACUUCCACCAGUGGACAUGUUUGUGACAACAGCAGAUGCUGACCUUGAACCACCAAUUCUGACAGUGAACACUGUGUUGUCUCUGUUGGCACUUGAUUAUCCAGCUCAGAAGCUAGCUUGUUAUGUUUCUGAUGAUGGGUGUUCCCCUCUCACCUUCUAUGCUCUUCAGGAAGCCUCCAAAUUUGCAAAACUUUGGGUACCUUUCUGCAAGAAGUACAACGUGCAAGUCAGAGCUCCAUUCAGAUACUUCUGUGAUGAGAGCACAACCACAAUCCAAAACUCAACAUCAGAAUUCAGACAAGAUUGGUCACAUAUGAAGGAUUUGUAUGACAGCCUCAGUCGCAGAAUAGAAGAUGCGGCCCGGAGAACAAUUCCAUGCAAGGAAGAAUUUGAGGUUUUCUUAAACACUGAGAGGAAAAAUCAUCCAACCAUAAUUAAGGUUAUAUGGGAGAACACUGGAAGCAUUGAUGAUGGAGUGCCCCAUUUGAUCUACAUAUCUAGAGAGAAGAGGCCAAAACAGCCACACCAUUUCAAAGCAGGUGCAAUGAAUGUGUUGACAAGAGUCUCCGGGUUGAUUACAAAUGCUCCUUUUAUGCUGAACGUCGACUGUGACAUGUAUGUAAACAAUCCAAAGAUUGUUCUGCAUGCACUGUGCAUUUUGCUUGAUCCUAAGGGAGAUAAAGAAGUUGCAUUUGCUCAAUUUCCCCAACAAUUCUAUGGUACACUGAAAGACGAUCCUUUUGGAAAUCAGAUGGUGAUUUUAUUUAAGUAUUUGGGGGCUGGAAUCGCAGGACUCCAAGGGCCUUUCUACGGGGGAACAAAUUGCUUCCAUAGAAGAAAGGUUAUUUAUGGAUUUUCUCCAAAUUACGUAGAAAAAGGAAACAACAUACUAGAAGAGGAGUUAAAAUACAAAUUUGGAACUUCAAAGGAGUUUAUAAAAUCAGUUGUUCAUGCUUUGAAAGGGUGGAUAUAUUCACCACAUGAUAUUAACAUUUCAAAGACUAUUGAGAUAGCAAGUCAAGUUGCUGGUCAUGGAUAUGAAUACGGCACUAGCUGGGGUGACCAGAUAGGAUGGAUAUAUGGAUCAAUAAAUGAGGACGUAUUAACUGGGCUUACAAUUCAUGAAAAAGGUUGGAGAUCAGAAAAUUGCGCUCCAAGCCCAGUUGGCUUCAUAGGCUGUGCUCCGGUUGGUGGCCCAAGUUCAAUGGCCCAACAAAAGAGAUGGGCCACAGGAUUGCUUGAGAUUUUCUUUACCAAACAUUGUCCAAUUUUUGGGAUCCUUUUUGGUAAGCUCUAUUUUAGGCAAUGUUUGGCAUAUAUGUGGAUAAUCAAUUGGGGCUUGUGGCCUGUUGCAGAAGUAAGUUAUGCUGGUCUCCUUGCCUAUUGUGUCAUUACCAACUCCAGUUUUCUACCUCAGGACUUGGGCAUCUGUAUCCAUGUUGCAAUUUUUGUAAUUCACAUGGUGUAUACUCUGUAUGAAUGCUUGGAAUCAGAGCUGUCAAUUCGAGCUUGGUGGAACAAUCAAAGGAUGUCAAGAAUAACACCAAUGAAUGCUGGUUUUUGUGGAUUUCUGAGUGUCCUACUUAAGUUGUUGGGAAUAUCUGAUACAAUUUUUGAGAUAACAAAGAAAGACAAGCCCUAUUCAAAUGAUGUUAAUGAUGAUAGGGAUGCUGGUAGGUUUACCUUUGAUGAGUCCCUAGUUUUUUUGCCGGGAACUACCAUCUUGUUGCUGCAACUAACAGCAAUGACUUUCAAGCUUUUGGGAUUGCAACCAUCAUCAACACCAAGUCAAAGUGGGAAAAAUGGAUGUGGAUUGGGAGAGUUGUUCUGUUGUGCAUAUUUGAUAAUAUGCUUUUGGCCAUUUCUGAGAGGGCUAUUUGAGACAGGAAAGUAUAGGAUUCCCCGAUCCACUGUAUGCAAAGCAGCAACAAUAACAUUUAUCUUUGUACACCUUUCUAGAAGGGCAACUAACUACUAGUGUGGUACUCUAGAAACAAGAAAAAAAACUAGAUCAUAUCUGUAAUACCCCUCCAUUCCUAUUUAUAUAAAACAUUUUGAAGUUCAUUUA